AUGGCUACUGAGGAUCCGAUAGACUUUGCACGCGCCGCCAUAUCCCAGGUAGCCACCAUCGCAUGUUCACUAGGUGCGAAGUUGAAACUACCGGUGUGCGGGCGUCUUGGAGGCGAGCUCUACAUAGUCGCCGACUACAUCGACAGGGUCGGCCUGGACCAAGAGAAGCGACUACGAUUACGAAUAUCCAAGUUACUGCGCGAUGUGGAGGCCAUAUGCAAUUGGCCCCACGAAGUACCUAGAAAUGGCUACCCGCUCCUUGAAGCCAUAUGGGAGUCGUUGCCAGGCACAACAUCCUAUGAACACGCGCAAACGAAGAUACAGCGAGGAAUUGGACGGCUUACGGGAAACUCUCGCGUUGCUGAAGAAGUCAUUGCUCAUAUUCAGAAAUUCACCAGGUCCGAUCGCAGGUCAGCUAAACGCGACGAACGAGACGAUACGACUUUCACAAAAAGAGCCACUCGACCAAAAUUGUCCCGGUAUGCCAACGAGUUGACCUAUCGCACGCUGCGCGAGCAAAUGUACUGUACAUGUCAAAGGAAUGGAUUGAGAGAGCAAAUGCAGAGAGAACAUCUGGUGUCUCUCUUGCUGCGGCCACCUUCCCCCCAAUCGAGCAGUAACACCUUGGCGCAGUUUGAAAUGCUUUUUUCCUCGACUCCUUUUUGGGAUGAUAACCAUCUCGACCACUGGCAGGAUGUGGAGCUACUCGUGUCAAACAGCAUUCUUACCGGCAACCAAAAACACGCCCGGUUUGUGGACAUAAACAGUGCACACGAUGAAGAUGAUUUGGCAAAUCGUCUGUCUUCAAAACCAAUGCGGCGACUCGAACAAGGUCAAUUUUGUACGUUGAUUGGCCAGGCAGCAAAUGGGCGCCUUUGCGUCGCCAUUCAGAAGGAGGGACUCCAGCAUUGCAUCGAGCCUCUUAAGCAAAGAAUCGAUCAUGCCCCGGGAAUAUCAUUAGCGAAGAUUCUUACGAGCAACUGUCGACUGACAGCUCGUAUGAAACUUGUGCUGGCCUAUAUUAUAGCCUACUCUGUCUGGCAGUAUUACGAUUCAGAAUGGAUGAAGACACAAUGGACAAGCGAGACCAUCCAUUUUAUCAAGGAAAAGACUGCUGCUAGGGAUCAGGCCAAACUUUUUACCUGGAAGCCUUAUCUAGCGGUGCAAUUUAAUGACAAAGAUCCACAGUCCUACGAAUAUAACAGGAUCGAUGGAAUUGUCCAUUACUAUCCAAUAAUCAGAGCCCUAGGUAUUAUGCUGGUCGAGAUCGGCAUCGGGCGUCCACUUUGCAAGGAUGAGCAGCGCUCGCAACCAUUGGCCGCCAGGUUGAAUGGCGAGCUGCUGGAAGCCGUUGACUGCACGAGAGAUGAGAGGCUCUGGAGGAACUUUGACUACCCUGACUAUAUGAGUGCGGCUCGCCAUUGCCUGGAGCCUGGCACAUUUGAUCAGGAAUUUGACAUCGAAGAAUCCUCCAGUCAUGCAGAGAAGCGACGUCUCAAUCAGCGGAGGAACAUUUUGUACGACAAGGUUGUGUUUCCGCUUGAAGAUCUGCUCCAGGGCACAAAAUGGAUUGAGGGGUAUACAAAAAUCAAUCCGCUAGAUAUGCCUGCUGAAGUCUCAACAAUACAAAAUCUGAAUAUGAUACCGGAAGAUUCUGAUUCGCGCAAAAUUUCGAGUCCUAAGAAGAGCCGUACUCGGAGUGAGAAAGAUGCCAGCAAAUGGCUUUCACGCCUAAGAGGUUUCAAUCGUGAGCUGGCUCAAGUUGCAACAGCAGUUGGAUUGGGUGAAAAUUCGCGGCGAGUACGUAUCGCAGUUUUGGACACUGGAUAUGACAAUAAUGCUCCUUUCUUCUUUUCUCCCGGUGUUCAGAGUCGCCUUCGAGGCUGGAAAGAUUGGGUGGAUGGGUCUGACGAACCCGAAGAUUGCCAUGGACAUGGCACCCAUUUAGUGUCCCUCAUCCAGAAUUGUGCACCCGAAGCAGACAUUUAUGUCGCACGAAUUGCCAAAAAACCGAGUGAGCUCUUGAAAUCCAGCGAGAAUGUUGCAAAGGCAAUUCUUUGGGCAACUAGCGAAUGGGAAGUUGACAUAAUUUCCAUGUCAUUUGGUUUUUCAGACGAGCAGUCAUGCAUUAGUGAUGCUAUCCGUGAAGCGCUAUACAGAAGGAGAGACUCAAUCCUUUUCUUCGCUGCAGCGUCUAACGACGGAGCGAACGACAGGGAGAUGUUCCCGGCCAGACAUGAUUCUGUUAUCUCAAUCCGUGGGACCAAUGCAUAUGGCGACUUUGAGUAUUUCAACCCACCUAAACACGAGAAUGAAGCCGCGGUCUUCGGCACACUUGGUGUAGAUGUUCUAUCUGCAUGGGCCAAUUCCGAUGAGGAGAAGCUCCCCCACGUCAUCCAAAUCCUCAUCAAACUCCUCUUCAUCAUCGUU